UGGUCCGUACUGGUCCAUACUGGUCUGUACUGGUUCAUACUGGUCCGUACUGGUUUCUACUGGUCCGUACUGGUCCAUACUGGUUUCUACUGGUCCGUACUGGGCAGGGGGGAACGUCCGGCGCAUGCACGCGGCCGAGCGCCUCAACGCCGCCAUCGGGGCGCACUCGGGGGGGGCGGGGCUGGUGCUGCUGGACCUGCCCCCCCCGCCCCCGGCCCGGCCGCACCGGCCCCUGGAAAACUACCUGGAGUUCCUGGAGGUUCUCACCGAGGGCCUGGGGCCGGUGCUGCUCGUGCGGGGCGGGGGACGGCGACGGCGACCCCCCCGAGCCCUGAGCGCCCAGUGCGGCCCAGUACGGCCCAGUACGGCCCAGUACGGCCCAGUGCGGCCCAGUGCGGCUCCCAGUGCGGCCCAGUACGGCUCCCAGUGCGGCCCAGUACGGCCCAGUGCGGCCCCAGCAAUCCCAGUACGGCCCCAGCAAUCCCAGUCCGACGUCAGCCUGAGCUGCAGCUGCCCCAGUGCGCUCCCAGUGCUCCCAGUAUGGGCCCAGGGACCCCCCCCCCCCCAAGCCCUGAGCGCCCAGUACGGCCCAGUUUGGCCCCAGCGUGGCUCCCAGUAUGGGCCCAGCCCUCCCAGUAUGGGCCCAGCAAUCCCAGUCUGACGCCAGCCUGAGCUGCAGCUGCCCCAGGGCGUUCCCAGUACAGGCCCAGCACUGUCCCAGUGCACUCCCAGUACUCCCAGUAAGGGCCCAACACCAUCCCAGUGCACUCCCAGUGCUCCCAGUAAGGGCCCAGCGCUCCCAGUACAGGCCCAGCACCGUCCCAGUGCCGUCCCAGUGCUCCCAGUAAGGGCCCAACACUCCCAGUCCGACGCCAGCCUGAGCUGCAGCUCCUUGAGCACCAUCCCAGUAUGGCACCAGUGCUCCCAGUACAGGCCUGGGACCGUCCCAGUGCACUCCCAGUGCUCCCAGUAAGGGCCCAGCACCAUCCCAGUGCACUCCCAGUGCUCCCAGUACAGGCCUGGGACCGUCCCAGUGCACUCCCAGUGCUCCCAGUAAGGGCCCAGCACCAUCCCAGUGCACUCCCAGUGCUCCCAGUACAGGCCUGGGACCGUCCCAGUGCACUCCCAGUGCUCCCAGUACAGGCCUGGCACCAUCCCAGUGCUCCCAGUCUGGCCCCGAGCCCUUUACUGGUGUUUGGCGCCUCCACUCCACCAAAGAGCCCCCAAUAAAAGGGCCCCAAAUCGGGGGUUUUUGUGCUAAAAAGGA